AUGUUUGCUUAAAUGUUUGAGGAAUAUCCAGAAAGUCCUGAUCUUAUCAUCCUAACCAUUUCAUUAUCUUAAGAUGUUCCUCCUUUUUAUUGUGUGCAAUCAUUAAAUAAUUUAACUGUCCUGCUUUUCCAAGCUCAUAUGAUAGACUUGGCAAAGAAGGUAGCAAAAUUUAACCUGAAAUACUUUGAAUAAGAUAUCCCAUAACUACAUAUGAUCUCACAUCUAAACUUAUCCAGGAUUUAUUAUUACUUGUAAGAUUUCAAAAAAUGUCUAUCAAUUACAGAAAAGGCUUUAGUCAAUUACGAACCUUAUGUAAGGCUUUACCUUUUAAUUAGAUCAGAUUUUCAAGGAAAUCAAAAAUUCAUGCAGACCUAAAGAUAUUGUUCUUCUUCUAAAUGGGUAUAUUUUCUAUGCAAAAACUGUGCAAAAUUUAUAGGUUCUUGGAUUUUGUUAAGAUUUAGAUUUUUAAUAAUUUUUUAUAAAUGGAGCCAAACUUGGUCGGAAGUAUUUGGGACCACAACAUUAAAUUACAAAGUUAUUUUUAUUUAGUGAAAGAGGUUCUAAUUUGAAAAAAAGUUUCAAUAACUAUAUUCCCAUGGUAUCAAUUUAAAUGCAUGCUUUUAGAAAAAACCAAUCGGCAAAAUAUUGAACACAUCAAAAGUUUGUUUUUAAGUUCAUCAAUUACUCAAAACCUUGAAGAGUGGGCAAACACCCCUUUUUAAAAAUCCAAGAUUUAUUGAGAGAUCGAUCAGUGAAGCCUAAGGGUUUAAGCCAUUUAAGCGUCCUGAUUCAGUUAAACCAUAAUCAUAAAGACAUGAUCUAAAUUAAUCGCAAAAAAUAUAAUAGACUAAUAUUCAUAAAGGAAGUUUUCGUAUAUAAUCACCAAAAGUAUCAUCAUAAAUAAUUUUAUUAGUUAAUUUAAAGCUAGCCAGUAUAACCUUAAAAUGAUAUUGAAUAAAUUAUAUAGAGGAAAAUAGAUACAUUUAUGAAAUCUUAAAGUCAGAAGAAAUAAGAACCAAAGAUAGUUGAAUUAGAAAAAAAAAUAGAUGAACUAACAAAGGAGAAUAAAAGAAUAUAAAAUUAAAGAAAGGAGAGAGAAGUUGAAAUUGAAGAACUAAAAGAUAAGAUUACAUAGUUAAGUGCUGAGGCUUUAAAAAUAAAAUUCAGAUUAUAGGAACAAGAGACAGCUCAGGAAAGAAUGAAGUUGCUACAAUAAUAAUAAUAACAAUAACAAAUUAUAUAAUAACAAUAACAACAAUAAUAAUAAUAAUAAUAAUAAUAAUAAUAAUAAUAAUAAUAAUAAUAAUAAUAAUAAUAAUAAUAAUAACAAUAAUAACAAUAAUAAUAGUAGUUGUAAAAUUCUUAAAUUUCAACAUAAUAACAUUAAAGUUCUGACUUUUAGCCUGGAAUAAUGCAAGAAAGAAUGAGCUUUGGUGUUGCUUCAAAUCAAUCUUAAAAGAUUCAAAAUUUAUAAAUUAAAAAAUAGGAACGAUAAAGUACCAUUGAUAUACAUAACUUAAUAAAUGGAUUAGUAGACACCGAUGAACCGAAAAUAAAUAGUAUAUCUAUGAUAAACGACACUGAUUUUACAAUAGAUUUAAAUUUAACAAUUUUAGAUUGUAAUAAAUUUUAACAUUAAUUUAGAGAUGGAUUAAUCAAAAUAAUAUAGUAUAAACUUAACUACGGAUCAAACGAUUGUGAAAAAAGCACUCAUUGAGAAUGUUUUAUAUGAAAUAUCUUGUGGCGUUGUGUAGAAGAAUAAAGAAUUGUCAAUUAAGAUUUCAAUAAAUUCAAAAUAGUAACACUCAACUGCUAAAGUUGAAUAUGUUGAACUAUCUAUUAUAAAAGACUUAAUUUAAUUCAUAGAUUAUAAGAAUGUCUUACCUUACACUUAAUAGCUGAAAUGUAUUACUACUUUUAAGUAGUUUAUUUAAUACUUGAUAAUUCCAUUCAUUUCAAUUAAAGAAGAAGAAGGAGAGCAAAAAAUAUCAAUAUAUGCAUAGCCAUAAAGUUUAUUAAAUGAUGGAGACAAGAUUUAAUUGUGUGAUGAAUAAUGCAUUCCAUAGUUGUAUCCUUUAGAGGAUGGAAUAUUUAGAUUGAUAUUAAACACAAUUGCUUUAGAUUUAUAGUUUGAUUAAAGUUCUUUAGAUCAAUUCUUUGAUGUAUAUGGUUAAGACGAUUACGAAAGAGAGGAAGUUUAGGAAAUGAUUAGAAUUUAAGAGAAUUUGGAAAAAUCUAAUGACACUGUGAAACCAAAACAUAAAGUUUAUAAUAUUAGAAGUUAUAUUGUUAAAAAUUAAUAAAAAUUGACUUAAUUUAUAUAAAAAUUAGUAAAUGAUUUAGAAGAGCUUUUAUACAGAAUUUUUAAUGUUCAAAAAUUUCAAUAAAUCAAUAAAAUUUUGAGUGGCACCUAAAUAACAAUGCCAAAUAAAAGUUAGGCGAAAGUUUAAAUGUGCUUAAUAAAAAUAUGGGAUAAAAAUACUUUUUAAAGAAUUAUUUUUAUUGCAGAUAAUUCUAGAGAAUAAUGUUUUGAGUUAUUUUUAAGCAACACAUAUGAGACUUAUGGUAAGUAUUAAAUUAAUAGUAGGUCCAAGAUAAUCAAAAGUUAAAGCAAUGGGACAUACUUAAAUUCAGUAUGAUAAUGUAUGCCAGAAAUUAGGAUUAAACGUUAGUAAUCUAGAUUAAGCAGAUUCUCUUCUGAUUUGCAAUAUUUUAUGCAACUGUUAUACAUUAUUGACCUUUACUAAGGAGUUGGAUGCGGACGAUCAAGAAAGAUUUAAAGAGAAUGCAAUUCUAUCAGUUGAUUUGUCAUGCGAAUGCAAUUGCAGAAUGUUUUUGAGUAAAUUUUAGAAUAAAGUUAGACAACCAACACAGCAUGUAUAAAAUACCAUUCACCAUGUCUUAUUUGGGUAUACAAGACAAACCUAUAGGCAUAAGAGUAUAGAUUUAUGAUGUGCAUACAAAUACUGAGCAAGGAAUGUUUCUAUCAAUUUCAAAGGAAACGUGGGAUAAACUAGAAAUAUAAGUAAAGGGAAAGCAUUCAAGAAAAUAUACACUAUAGAACAAGAUGAGUAGCGAGUAUCAUUUACCAUAAAUCUUACAGAAUGGAGGAUUUCAUGUAAUAAAAGAGAAACUUACAGUUGAAGAGAAUAAGACAUACAGAAUAUUACAUGGGAAACAUAUAUCUUUUGUAGAUAGAUUGGAAAAUGUCCUUAAUUCUUAUUCACUAUUAGAAUAUCUCAAUAAAAAGCUAUAAUCAUGA